UGAACUGUCAAUAGUGGAUUGAACUGAGAACUGAAUGGAAUUCUGUCGCCGCUUACUGUCUGUGACCAGCGGCAUUUUCGUAAUAAACUGAGCUCUACUUUCUUGUAAAUAACCGCUUAUUACUUUUCCUAGUUUAGCUCUGAAGGACCUUGCUGAACAUCGACUAUCAUUAUCAUUAUCUUCAGAAAGAGAAUAGUCAGACCGUCAGCCCCUCAACGGAGGUGUUCAGGAGCAGAAGAAAACAACACAGCGUGUGAUUUACAAAGGUGGAUUAUGGAGAAGUAUAAGUUAUCGAAUCAAUUUUAGGAUAAUUUCCAGUCGAGAGAAAAGUGCUCAAAUCAUCGUGAUGUUUGAAGAUUCAUAGCAAGAUAUGAAGGGAGUGUCUUCAUGUACAGUAGCUGAUAAGAGCUUAAUCUGGAGCCUCAGAAGAUUGGCAGAAGGAAAGGAAUCACACUCUUCAAUAAGGCCCUAAUGGAGAAUGAGACCAUCUCUUCGGGCUAUGUCCCACAUUACCUUCUUCACGGAGAUCCCUUUGCUUCCAAGCUGUCCAAGGAGGCAGACAUAGUGGCGGCGUUCUACAUCCUUAUCAUCGGUAUCUUGUCAUCCACUGGAAAUGGUUAUGUCAUAUACACAACCAUCAAACGGAAGGGCAAGUUAAAGCCACCAGAGUUCAUGACACUGAAUCUUGCUGUGUUCGACUUUGGCAUAUCGGUCACUGGAAAGCCAUUCUUCAUAGUGUCUAGUUUUGCCCAUCGCUGGCUGUUUGGCUGGCAGGGUUGUUGCUACUACGGCUGGGCCGGCUUUUUCUUCGGAUGCGGAAGUCUAUUUACGAUGACCAUUGUCAGCUUUGACCGCUACUUGAAGAUCUGUCAUUUAAAAUAUGGUACAUGGUUCAAAAGGCGUCAUGCCUUUCUCUGUCUGGUUUUUACAUGGAUCUAUGCUGCCUUCUGGGCCACCAUGCCAGUAUUGGGUUGGGGCAACUACGCACCUGAGCCGUUUGGCACCUCCUGCACGCUGGACUGGUGGCUGGCCCAGGCCUCGGUGUCUGGCCAGAGCUUUGUUAUGUGCAUGCUCUUCUUCUGUCUCAUCUUCCCCACUGGCAUCAUCGUCUUUUCCUAUGUCAUGAUCAUCUUCAAGGUCAAAUCCUCAGCCAAAGAAGUCUCUCAUUUCGACACACGGAAUAAGAACAACCACAGCCUGGAGAUGAAGUUGACUAAGGUGGCGAUGUUGAUCUGCGCAGGGUUUUUAAUAGCUUGGAUCCCUUAUGCUGUGGUAUCAGUGGUGUCUGCUUUUGGAGAGCCUGAUUCAGUGCCUAUCUCAGUCUCUGUUGUGCCAACUUUGCUGGCCAAGUCCGCUGCUAUGUACAAUCCAAUCAUAUAUCAGGUCAUUGACUGUAAGAAGAACUGUGCAAAAGCUUCCUGCUUUCAAGCUUGGAGGAAAAAGAAACACUACAGGACUUCAAGGUUCUACUCCAUCUCUCCCUCCCUGAAACAGAGAGCAGCCAAUGAAGUUCCAAUUGAGAUAUGAGGAAAUGACAGGAACUCACAAUGGGCCUGUGAUAGGACACUGGGCAAUUUAUUAUUGUGCAAUUUAGACAUCAACAGUACAUUUCCUACCGCCGUCAACGUCACAUAAUCUGCAAACACAUCGCUUAAAUUGAUCUGUGUGUAUAAAAAAAUUAAGUGGUAAAUAGGAUUCAGUUUUGUUUUUUAUGUUUAUUUGUUUGUGUUGUAUUCCAGCCUUCUCAGAACCACAAUGUUAAAAUCAUCUGCUUGAACUCUAAAGUGGCUUUGCUUUUCAACAAGUCUGUGUUCUGUCUAUUGAAGCUAACUGAAACCAGUCACACUCACGUCUGUACAAGAGCAUGGUCACAGAUAAACAACAAUAUAUAGAUAUAGAUAUAUACCAUACAGACAACAUUUGUGCAUAAUUAUAUAUUUUUAUCAGAUUGAAUGGACACUGAUGCACUGAUUCAGACCACUGAAUUUCUUUUACAUUAUUAUAAGAGACGUGGCACGAUAGUUUUGGGGCAUGUGCAAUGAUUAUAUAAUUACAUCAGAAAUUUUACAUUGAAAGGUGUCCUCCAAAGAUUCAGUUCAUGGUCUUUAGAAUUUCUGUGUUUUCUUCAUUUUAUUUUUAAUCAUUUAAUUAAUUUUAACAUUCUUUUUAUAUAGUAACCUUUUGCAUGUUAUCAAGCUGCAGGAAGCCCCUAAGGUUAAAAGAAAGUGAACAGUUGGUAAAUAUAAGUUGUUUACAGGUACUAGUGUGGUUAAAUGUUUUCCACAAAUAUUAUAAACGUUCUGUGGAAGUUGGACAAUAAUAGAAGUUCUAACAGUUAAUAAUGAAGCAAGCUUGGUUUACAAAAAACUUAAAGAGCCUAAAAUGAACAUUCAAUGUAUAAUGAUGAUGGAUUAGAUAGAAGCUUGUAAAUACUCAAAACAAAAUGUUAGCACAAUGAUAGCUAAUUGUUAUUAAAUGUGAAAUAGUUUACACUUAUUUUUAUGCAGAUCACUAUUUUACCUUAAUGGCAAGCAGAAAUAUUUCUGUUUCUGGAGGUUUGGUUAUGCAGUAGACAUAUGAUCAAAAUUAAAUUGUAUUUAUUUUAUUUAAAUUUAGCAAAGUGCACUCCAUUAACGUUUAUGUAUUUAAAAAACACUCAAAUACACUGUAAAAUACCCUGUUUAGUGAUAAAAACUAAAUAAACAAAAGCAAAAAUAUCUAUUCUUGGAAGGCAAAGUAUUUAGUCCAGAGUAAUUUUUUAGCCCUUUGAAAAGGUUAACAACAAUUUGAAAAGCUUUUAACCAUGACAAAUAUUUUUCAGUGAGAGAAAUGACAUUUUUGUGUAAUGUAUCUUAGACAAUUGUUUACAAAGGUUUUAAAUGAGCAGCUUUGUUUGUCUGCUCUCAUCAAUAAAUGCUUGAAUAAAGUUUAAUUUGCAAAUGCAUGGUUUGAGCCUGUUGGGUUCCGGUUUGAAUGGCCGGAGAUUCCCCAUUCUUAUCUCCUGAGCCUCUGACAGCUGUAUUACCCAAAGGUACUUCUUCAAAUCCUCACAGUCUGUUGGUAGCUGAGCCUUAUGGUGUUGGAUUUCCCUCAGCAGUUUAUCCCGUUUUUCAGCAGUUCAGUAUAAUGCCCACAUCUUUUCUCUGCUGCUUUCAUGCCGUUGUGACUGAGAGGGUGACUUCCCCUGCAAAUCAAUGCCCCAGUUGCAGGACGCAGAAAAUGCACUGGAUGCCUCACUGACUGCCUUCUGCUGUCCUUGCCAUAAUGCAGUUUACAGCACGCAGGAGCCAGAAUAACAACCAGACAAUACGCCAAAAGACCUUUCAAUUUCCACUGAAAGCUAUAAAAGCCAUCUCUCUCAUUGUCUUUAACUGUGACUUGAAAUGAAUGCCUUUUCAUGUAUCUUGUGCUUUAAUCAGCCUGAUGAAUUAUGUACAGUAUAUAGAAUGAUUAGCAAAUUGAACCUGAAGUGAAAAAUAUAAUGAAUCCAAAGGUAAACCUAUGAUGUGUCCUUUAAGUAGAUAGGAUAAACGUUCCUCCUCAAUCAGAUCUGACAGGCUUGUCAAUGAAUAAGACUGAUAAACCUUACAAAAAAGCUUUUGAAGAAGAAAUCGUCAUUAAAUGAAAGAAUAGACUAUUCUACUAUAAAUAAUAUUUUGCUUUAUUAUCAAACCUGUAGGUUUUGACUAAUGAUCAAGGGAAGCACUUAGAACCAACCAGAAAAAUGCAUUGCCAUGUGAAUUGAUGUUAAAUAGGACAUCUUAAGUGUUCUAAAGCUAAGUGGUGAUCUGGGAGGCCAAUAAAGCUGGCAGAUUGAAGAAUACCAAUGAUUUGCAUAUUUUGCAAACGAGAGGCACAAUGCAUCUUCUAUACUAUUUUUAGAAUUCUGCUACUGCAAUAAAGCCUGUCACAAGUAACAAA